AUUGAAUUGGGAAUGCCUGUGUCCUGCCUUUAUAAGCCCCCAUAGUGCCUGCUGGAACUCAUCCUUCCCGCUGGUUUUGGAGAUCCAACAUGGCAGUAAUGGCAAAGCUUGUGGUGCUGGUUCUCAUCGCUACUUUCAGUAAUGUCUUCGGUCUUCCAAAGAGGGAUGUCACAAAAGGUGCCAUAAAGGUUGAUGUUUCCACAACACCAAAUCCUACCAACCAGACCCAAACUGAAGCUCAGGGUGGUGCAAGUGAAGAUGUUGGAGCAGGCACUCCAGCACCUGACCUCCACAAUCAGACCACUACUGCACAACCUGAUCUUACUGAUGGUGCCAGUGAAGAUGACAUGGUGACUGUAACUGUGACCCCAAGUCCCCAAAACCAGACAACAGCUGCUGCCCAAACUGGAGAUGCGGAUGGGGCAAGUGAAGAUGAUGUGGUAACUGCAACCCCAAAUCACCAAAACCAGACAACGUCAUCCGCCACAGCUACUCCAGCAACUGAGGCCCCAGGUGAACCAAGUGAAGAUGCUGAGGGUGGCGCCAAGGGUGGUGCUAAGGGUGGCGCUAAGACACCGAAUGCCCAAAACCAGACGACUUCAGCCCCCACCGUAACUGAUGGUCCGAGUGAGGAUGCUGUGUUAACCACCGUACUGAAUCAGCAAAACGGGACUACCUCUGCCCAAGAAGAAACCACCAUCACUGAGUCCCCAGGUGAACCAAGUGAAGAUGCUGAGGGUGGCGCUAAGGGUGGCGCUAAGGGUGGCGCUAAGACACAGAAUGCCCAAAACCAGACGACUUCAGCCCCCACCGUAACUGAUGGUCCGAGUGAGGAUGCUGUGUUAACCACCGUACUGAAUCAGCAAAACGGGACUACCUCUGCCCAAGAUGAAACCACCAUCACUGAGUCCCCAGGUGAACCAAGUGAAGAUGCCAAGGCUGGAGGCAAGGCUGGAGGCAAGCCUGGAGCUAGGGCUGGAGGCAGGGCUGGAGGCAGGGCUGGAGGCAAGGCUGGAGCCGGGGCUGAAUCGGCAACCGUACUGAAUCAGCAAAACGGAACUACCUCUGCCCAAGAUGAAACCACCAUCACUGAGUCCCCAGGUGAACCAAGUGAAGAGCCGAGGCCGGAAGCCAGGGCUGGAGCCGAGGCCGGAAGCCAGGGCCGGAGCCGGGGCCGAGGCCGAGGCCGGGGCCGAGGCCGGAAGCCGCCCUCCCAAGAUGGUCCGAGUGAGGAUGCUGUGUUAACCACCGUACUGAAUCAGCAAAACGGGACUACCUCUGCCCAAGAAGAAACCACCAUCACUGACUCCCAUGAUGCCUCCUGAAGUGACCGCUCAGAAUGCUGACGCUAAAAGGAACUCCUUGUUCUCUGCACUUGAGCUUUCCAUCCUGAAUUCAAUAAAGGGCAGAUUUUCUUAUCUAA